AUGAAAUCCCAGCUGUACUACCAAGAGCAACCAAGGACUGUUCCUGUAGAAGAGAAGAUAUAUCAAGUCUCCAAACUUUUUGGAAAUUUUAGAGAAGCUGGAGAGCUCAGACAAGCCUAUAAGAAACUCGCUGUCAUCCCUCAAUGAUUUGCUAAACAGAAGAAUAUUUCAACCCACCCAUGCCACAACCUCAAAUAAAAUGUGCACUAAAAUCAACCCAUCCCUGUUCUCAAAAGCAACCACCAUCGAACACAUCCACAAAAAUCCCCAAAACCCCCAAAAAUCCCACCUAAACCACUCCUCCACCAGGGCUCAAAAUCCAGUGGCUGAGCUCACCAGUCAGUAUUCAACUGAGCAGGAAGGAAGAGACCUGCUUGUGCACAGAAGAAGUAUGGGUGAGAAGGGAGUUAGUACUUCGACAGAUGGUAUGAAAGUUGAUAGGGAGGGAGGAGAGGCUAUGAAAGAUACGAAGGAUUGUUAUAAUUUGCUAAUGAAUCGUCAUCGAAGGAAUUUUAAUCCUCCUAAACCUUCCAAUUUUAAGAAUAUUUGAGCAGGCACAAAUACAACAAAGUUUAAUGAGCUAAAUAGAGAGGAAACAUUGAGAAGUCUGAAACGCUCUAAUAAGAAAUCAUACUAUGCUUUGUUAAAAUAAGGAAUUUCAGAAAAAGCUCAAGAGAAAUGGGAGAAAUCUUAAUAGAAAAAGACAAAGAACAAGAGAUUUUAGAAAUAAAAUUAUCACUCUAAGUUCUACUAAAGAGUCCAAACACUUGAAGUCAAGAUCUGAGUCUGUUGAGAAGCUGAUUAAAAAUGAAACAGCUCGUAUUAGGAACCAGUUCUAUAACCCUACACUAGAAAAUCCUAAUGCUGGCCAGGCUCAGCUUCCUUUUAUCAACUAUGAAACAGGGUAUUCAGAGCAAGAGCCCAAGUUUAGGAGAACCCAACAAGUGUUCUGUCAUACAACUUCGAACUCGAAGCUUGGGCAUAAUUACUCAAUAGGAAAUCCUAGAUUGAGAGAAAAAGAGAUUCCUUAUAAAAGAGUCUCAAGAACCAACAAAGGAUCAACUGGAAUUUCUUCCAAGGGCGAAUAUCUAUGAGAACUGUCUAACAGUAAUGGCCAUGAAGCCAGAAACAAUGAAAAAGAAGAUACGUCUUCUUUCUUGAUACUCAAAAAUAUGGCUGCUAGCCAUGAAACGACUGAUUUUGAACCAAAGAGAAUGUCUCAGGAUCAAACUAGGCUAACGAAGAAGGCUACCAAUUCUAGUCUAUAUUCGAAGAGUCCUGUUCAAGGAAGAUCUUGCUCCUUGCUUAAAAGAAAUAAAAUGAAGUCAAAUGGUUUAGAAAAUCCUUUUAAAUUAAUAAACACAAUGAAUUGUUCUAUGAGUCCGAAGAAGAAGACCUAUUUGAAGUUGUUGACAGAUUCUCCAACUUUAAAGGGUGUCAGCAAGAAGUUCCGAAGGUCCAAGAAUUUCCAGUUAAGAGCUGAGGGACGGAACCUCAAGGAUUUCUUGUAAUUUACAC